UCGCGCGUCUCCCCGAGGUAAAUAGUCGGUGGCGGCGGCGACGACUUUUGGCCUCAGGAGCCGGGGGCCGCAGGAUUGGGAACCAGGCUCCUGCCUGGUCGGACCUGUUGCCUUCAGUUUCCCCAUCCUCAAGGUGAGGAUGCUGUUACACAAUCACUUGGAGUUCUUUAGUUGAAAAAUUCUCUGUGGACAGAAGUGCCAUCUUUAUCUGAGGACCCCACCUUCCUCAGGGAAACUUUGAUGUGGACUCUUACACUGGAUCUCCUCCAUCACAGUGAUGAAUACUUCUGAAUCACAAUGAAUUCAGGCUUAUGGAGCCAAGAAAAAGUUACUUCACCCUAUUUGGAAGAACGGAUUUUUUAUUUGCUUCUUCAAGAAUGCAGUGUUUCAGACAAACAAACACAAAAGAUUCUUAAAGUACCAAAGGGGAGUAUAGGACAAUAUAUUCAAGAUCGUUCUUUGGGGCAUGCGAGAAUUCCUCUUUCUAAAGGCAAGAAAAAUCAUAUUGGAUUAAAAAUUUUGGAGCAGCCACAUGCAAUCCUAUUUGUGGAUGAGAAGGAUGUAGUAGAAAUAAAUGAAAAAUUCACUGAAUUGCUUUUGGCAAUUACCAAUUGUGAGGAAAGAUACAGUCUGUUUAAAAACAGAAGCAGACUAAGUAAAGGCCUCCAAAUAGAUGUGGGAUGCCCUGUGAAAGUACAGCUGAGAUCUGGGGAAGAAAAAUUUCCUGGAGUUGUACGCUUCAGAGGACCCUUGUUAACGGAGAGGACAGUGUCGGGAAUAUUCUUUGGAGUAGAGUUGCUGGAAGAAGGUCGUGGUCAAGGUUUCACUGAUGGAGUUUACCAAGGGAAACAGCUCUUCCGAUGUGAUGAAGAUUGUGGUGUCUUCGUGGCUUUGGACAAAUUAGAACUUAUAGAAGAUGAUGACAAUGCACUGGAAAGCGAUUAUGCAGGUCCAGUUGACAUGAUGCAGGUUGAACUUCCUCCUUUGGAAAUAAACUCCAGAGUUUCUUUGAAGGUUGGAGAAGGUAUAGAAUCUGGAACAGUUAUAUUCUGUGAUGUCUUGCCAGGAAAAGAGAAUUUAGGAUACUUUGUUGGAGUUGACAUGGAUAAUCCUAUUGGAAAUUGGGAUGGAAGAUUCAAUGGGAUACAACUUUGUAGUUUUGCAAGUGUUGAAAGUACACUUCUGUUGCAUAUCAAUGACAUCAUCCCAGCAUUAUCAGAUAGUGUGACACAAGAAAGAAGGCCUCCCAAACUUGCGUUUAUGCCAAGAGGUGGUGGGGAUAAAAGUUUAUCCAGUCAUAGUAAACCAAAGGCUACAGGAUCUACCUCAGACCCUGGAAAUAGAAGCAGAUCUGAAUUAUUUUACACCUUAAAUGGUGGUUCUGUUUAUUCUCAACCACAAACCAAAUCAAAAAAUACAUGGUACAUUGAUGAAGUUGCUGAAGACCCUGCAAAAUCCCUGACAGAUAUAUCUCCAGAUUUUGGACAUUCUUCACCACCUCUGCAACCUCCUUCUCUGAACUCUUCAACCAAUGAGAACAGAUUUCACUCUUUACCAUUUAGUUUGACAAAGAUGCCAAAUACCAAUGGAGGUAUUGGGCAUAGUCCUCUGUCUCUGUCUGUUCAGUCAGUGAUGGGAGAACUAAGCAACCCCCCUGUCCAGGAGAGUCCACCUUUGACUGUACCCUCAAGUAAUUCACAUGGUCUUGAAGUAGGCUCGUUGGCUGAAGUUAAAGAUAAUCCUCCUUUCUUUGGUGUAAUCCGUUGGAUUGGUCAGCCACCAGGACUAAAUGAAGUAUUAGCAGGACUGGAACUGGAAGAUGAAUGUGCAGGCUGCACAGAUGGAACUUUCAGAGGUACGCGUUAUUUCACCUGUGCCCUGAAGAAAGCGCUGUUCGUUAAACUCAAGAGCUGCAGGCCUGAUUCUAGGUUUGCCUCACUUCAGCCAGUUUCCAACCAGAUUGAACGGUGCAACUCUUUAGCAUUUGGAGGUUACUUAAGUGAAGUGGUGGAAGAGAAUACUCCACCAAAAAUGGAAAAAGAAGGUUUAGAGGUAAUGAUUGGAAAGAAGAAAGGUAUCCAGGGCCAUUACAAUUCUUGUUACUUAGACUCUACCUUAUUCUGCUUAUUUUCUUUUAGUUCUGUUUUGGACACUGUCUUACUUAGGCCAAAAGAAAAGAAUGAUGUAGAAUAUUAUAGCGAAACUCAAGAGCUACUGAGGACAGAGAUUGUAAAUCCUCUUAGAAUAUAUGGAUAUGUUUGUGCCACAAAAAUUAUGAAGCUGAGGAAAAUACUUGAGAAAGUUGAGGCUGCAUCAGGUUUUACCUCAGAGGAAAAAGAUCCUGAAGAAUUCUUGAACAUCCUGUUUCAUCAUAUUUUGAGGGUAGAACCAUUAUUAAAGAUAAGAUCUGCAGGACAAAAGGUACAAGAUUGUUACUUCUAUCAGAUUUUUAUGGAAAAAAAUGAAAAAGUUGGUGUUCCUACAAUUCAACAGCUGCUAGAAUGGUCUUUCAUCAAUAGUAACCUAAAAUUUGCAGAGGCACCAUCGUGUCUGAUUAUUCAGAUGCCUCGAUUUGGAAAAGACUUCAAACUCUUCAAAAAAAUUUUUCCUUCACUGGAGUUAAAUAUAACAGAUUUACUUGAAGAUACUCCCAGACAGUGCCGGAUAUGUGGAGGACUUGCCAUGUAUGAAUGCAGAGAAUGCUAUGAUGAUUCUGAUAUUUCUGCUGGAAAAAUCAAGCAAUUUUGUAAAACAUGCAACACACAAGUACACCUUCAUCCCAAGAGGUUGAAUCAUAAAUUCAACCCAGUGUCACUUCCCAAAGACUUACCUGACUGGGACUGGAGACAUGGCUGUAUACCUUGUCAGAAGAUGGAAUUGUUUGCUGUUCUCUGCAUUGAAACAAGCCAUUAUGUUGCUUUUGUAAAGUAUGGGCGAGAUGACUCUGCCUGGCUCUUCUUUGACAGCAUGGCGGACCGUGAUGGUGGGCAGAAUGGGUUUAACAUUCCUCAAGUUACCCCAUGCCCAGAAGUUGGGGAGUACUUGAAAAUGUCUCUAGAAGAACUGCAUUCCCUGGACUCCAGGAGAAUCCAAGGCUGUGCACGAAGACUUCUUUGUGAUGCAUAUAUGUGCAUGUAUCAGAGUCCAACAAUGAGUUUGUACAAGUAAAUAAUUAUGAUCAACUGGAAAGAAGACACUGUAUGAAAAUUUUUACUGUUGCAUUUUACUUGAGUUGGAUGUCCUGAUUAGCAUCCAUUGCCGGCACUGGAUGCUUCCGUGGUGAUAAUCCUUAAGAAAAGGAUUAAUUCAUUGAAAAACAAAUUGCAUUUAUGUUAUUAAAUAUUUAAAUAAGAAGUAUUUUGCACUCUAGAAAGUAUGUUUGUGUUGGUUUUUUAAAAAGUCUAAUGAAGUUAUUAAAACCUGAAGCUUUAAGUUAAGUGCAUUGAUCAUAUAAUAUUUUUGGAAGUAUAGAAAUUGAAUUGUAACAGUUUUAAAAACCUCCUUCGUCCAUUGAGAAUGUCAACAGACACACAUGACCCUGUGCUUGGAGAAUUACAGUGGACCAAGGAUACCAAAUAAUUUUUGCUUUGUAGCUAAUGGUUGCCUUGAGGAAGAAAUAAUUUGUUUUUUUUAAGAGGUUUGAUUUCAACACAGUUAUUAGAGUUGUUUUGCUGAAUUUGUUUUGUUAACUCUUUCCUAUCUAGUUCAAGGUUUUGCAUGUCAGGAAUCCUCUGAAUUUGUGUUUCUGCAGUUGUUGUCAGAAAAUACCUACUCUUCCCCCCAAUACUGUUGAUUUCUGUUUGUUUUUUUUUUUUUCCUGACAAGUACAUGAAACUGUUUUCUAAAAAAAAAAUGUCUUUUGUGAUGUAAUGGUCUUGAAGGAUUGGGGCAGUAAUAUUUGACAAAUGAAGCUAUUGAUGUAUAGUAGUAGAUAUCAGCUGACUGAUCUAUUUUUUCAGACUUCUUUAUAAACUUUUUAGUGGAAUGGGGAAUAGUAAAUUUAUAAAAGUGUUCAGGUGUUAGGUUGAACCAAAUACUAUCUUUUAGUAGCCAGUCCUACAUAAAUGUAGUCCAAAUAAAUUAAAUUUGGUGUAUGAAGUUAUAUGGUAAAUUUUUCCUAAAAAGAUAUUAGGUCCCAUAACCUUUUAGUAUAUUUAAAUCUAAAUGCCUAGGACUAAAAAGUUUAUCUAUCCAGGGCCAUAGCUAAGAAACUAAGUUCAGAUUAGUUUCAUCCGAGAUAGUGCUUCUUAUGAAUCUUUUUGUAUUCAGUGAAACCAUACUGUCAGCUGUCUUCAUCCUGACUUAAGACUAAACUAAGAAAAAAAGCCUGAUUUUUUUUUUUAGUUAAAAUCCAUUGUGUGUAUAUACCGCAAUUGGAUGUUGUAGAUUCUAUCUAUAGAUAUGAAUUUCAUUGUUGUGGAAUGUGUAGUCUCCAAAUUAUUUUAUACUUUUGAUGUCUAUGGGCUAACUUCCUAACCAUGCAGAAAGGAAAGAGGUUGUGUGCUUAUAGCAUAUGACUAUGAAAGUGUUUAACAUCAUAAAAAAUUGCCCAUAUAGCUAAAAUCUUUACAAAUAAUGAAAAUUUAAAAAAAGUAACACUUUCUUUAAUUGCAUUGUUCCUUUAAAAAUAUUAAUUGAUUUUAAAAACUGGAACAAUGUACAAAAAAUUACUAUCACAAAUUGUUGGAAAGCGAGUCUAUAUUCACAAACUAAGAUUUGUUCUAUAAUAUUUUGGGGAAGUGCCAUAUAUUUUAAAUAUCACUGUAUUGGGACUCAGGAGAUCUGUGUUCUAGUUUUGGAUUUCUUACUAUAUAUUUGACCCUAGGCAAGUCACUAACUUCUUGUGGCCUCAGUUUCUUAAUCUGAAAAAUUAGGGAGUGGAAUAAGGUGACCUGUAAGUUCCCUUCCAGAUUUCAUAUUCUUUAAUUUAUAUAAUACUUUUUCAGCUAAGUUCAUUAACAUAAUUAUAAAACAUACUACUUACUCUAGACGAUAGGUCAGGAUUCAAAUGUAAAAUCUUUUAUCUUCAUUAUCUUUUUAUCUUCAUUAUCUUUAUUUCGUAUCUAUCUUUCGAUAUCACUGUUGAUAUUUAAUACCAGUUGGGCAUUUGAUGAGAGGAAACUAGUAGAUAAUUCUUUCCUUCAAAAUUUUUUUAAAAUAUCUGACUUGAGGAAAACCUGCCUUUGAGGAAAGAUUUUUAGUUAGUUUUUAAAGAACUGAUGAUUUAAUGCUUGUAUUGUUUCCCAUUGAAGUUUGUGGUACAUUUUUUCUGUACAAGGUUCCUUAGCCAUAAUUUAUUUAUUUUUGUUAUACUGGGAUUUUAAUUUACUGUUUUACCUUGUCAACAGCACUUAAAAUAAAAGUAAUAGUAGAGGGAACGAGA